GUACAAACAGUCAGUCUUCGUUCGGUUAUUGCUUGGGUAUACAGCUUGCGGAGUUUUCCAGAUUUCGGUAGAAACGGAAAGUGCGUAUCGAAUGAUUCUGAUAACUGGAAUAUUUUCGAGUGUGAAGAUGCGAAUUGUUAAUGAUAAGUGAACGAUGGCUAAGAUAGUUACUAGUGUAUGAUAAAUUUGGGAUAUUUUGACGUGAAUAAAUUGAGAGGGUUUAGUGCCGGUAAAAUUGUGUUAACUAGCGAGAAAUACAUUAAAGUGGAUACUAUGGUUAUGAUGCAAUCUCCGAAAUCUGAUUCAGGACAGGCGGAGAGCCCGUCACAUUCACAGCCAAACUCUCCCUUGUCGCCAGCAGAGCCGAAUCAAAUAAACCAUGAUAAACUAUCAUCUACCGUGUUAAAAAGUGCCCCGAUAUCCAUACCCGUCGGUAGUCAAUCGGAAUAUCCGGCGGAUCGAUCACCUCCAUUGUUGCCUAAAGCCGACGGACUGUUGAUCCGAUUUCAAGACCAUCCAAUGUCCGACGGAAAGCAUAACAUUGAGCUGAGAGGGAAAUUUCCCGCCUUCUCCAAGGAAAAUAUAACACUACGUCCAGUGAACGGUGAUCAUAUCAUUUACGCAAAAAGUGAUCGUGAUUUGUUAGAACCCAGUGCCAAAUUUUCCAUUGAAAGACUAAAACAACUUGCAGAUCACAACAUAAAUUCCCGGCUUAGUCCAUCAGACUUAGACAAGACUCCGUCCGGAAAAUACUCGAUCGACCACAGUGUUAAAUACUCCAUUCCCAACGAUACUGGAUUGCCACAACCUCACUCGCAACAUUUCCCACCAUCCCAUCCGGUACCGUUGAUGCCAGCAAUUCCGUCGGGCCUGUCUACUCUACAAUCCCUUGGACAGCACACAACACUUUCGGCAGGUGCCGGACAGCUUCCAACUUCAACCCACCAUCCACAGUUACAAUCGCAUACCCACCCCCAACUGCAGCACCCCUUUGCCGUCAAGUAUCCUCCGGACAGUGCGUCUUCACCGGACUUGGAGAUUGAACGGUUCAAAAUUGCCCGAUCGUUGAGCAACGGCAAAGAACUGUCCGAUUUUGGCUUCAGGAUACAGCUCGGUGGACUAUCGACCAAUUAUGCGCACAGUGAUACGAGCGAGGAGCUCAUAGUGGACGGAAAUGAGGACGUCUCGCAGGAUGCGACGUCGGGAUGUCCUGUCGACUUGACCCGCUCCAUGGACAGUAGCAGUGCCAAAUCAAUCACCAGUAGUGAAAAAGAAACCACCCCGAAGCGGUUAGCAUUUUCCGUGGAAAACAUUCUGGACCCCAACAAGUUCAACGGCAAACAUAAUCAAAACAACAAUAAUAGCAGUAUUAACAACAAUAACACCUGUAGUCAAAACAGUAAUUCCAACAACCAUAGUGUAAAUAGUAGUAACAAAUUUUGGAGUGGCUUCGACCGGGAUGACAAGCUGGACGACGACCAAAGUGAUUCGCGAUCAGCAAAAGACAUGAACGACCUCGACCAGGAAGAGAUGGGUGACGACACGAUGGGCAGUGACAUCGAUGACCACGCCAGCGAAACCGACUCGAAAAAGGAUGGCGCCAGCAGUCGGUCCGGGGACGGGAAGUCUCAAGGGAAUAGUUCCAAACCCAGGAGGGCACGCACUGCAUUUACUUACGAACAACUGGUUUCCCUUGAGAACAAAUUCAAAACUACCCGAUAUCUAUCGGUUUGCGAGAGACUGAAUCUAGCCCUAAGUUUAAGCCUUACUGAGACGCAGGUGAAAAUCUGGUUUCAAAAUCGUCGCACCAAAUGGAAAAAGCAGAACCCGGGAAUGGAUGUGAACAGCCCGACGGUGCCUCCCCCGAACGGUGGAUCCUUUGGUCCCGGGUCAUACGCCAGUAGCCUUCUCUAUCCACAUGCCGUGCCAUAUCCACCGUACGGGCCCUAUUUCCAUCCCCUUGGGGGUCACCACCUGGGUCAUUCGCACUCGUAAACCGAAGUCAACUGUUGCCAUUACUACGAUUUGUUUCACCGUUCUAGGUUGAAGGUUUAGUUUCGUUCAAAAAGUGGUCGGGUUGUGCAAAUUGUAAAAUGUAAAUGCUAGAAAAAAGGGAUUCUCUUUUUCCCA